AUGUUGUCCGUCAUCCUCGUUCUGGAGGCGUUGGCGUUCCUCGUCGUCCUCCGGCUCCUGGCCAUCGCGCCGCGAGGCCGCGGGCCGGCCGUCAAGCGCGACAAAAACAACAACGACAACAACAACAACAAGACCGCGACGACGGCCUCGCUCGCCGUCUUCCUGGGUUCGGGCGGGCACACUGCCGAGAUGCGCGCGCUCCUCGCGUCUGUCGACCGGCAGCGAUACACGCCGCGCACGUACGUGUACUGCGCGGGCGACGACAUGAGCCUGCGCGCCGUGGCAGACUUUGAGGCCAGCACAGAGGUGCCCGGGAGCGCUGGAGCGGGAGCGCGCAACCCCAGCUACUCGCUGUUGAGCCUCCCGCGCGCCCGGGCCGUGGGCGAGGGCAAGCUCAGCACGUUGGUGUCGGCCAGCAAGACGUUUGCCGUUGCGCUCUGGCACGUGUUUGCCCUGCCCACGAUGGCGAGGCCGCGUGCGCCGUGGGCCGACGUCCUGAUUCUCAAUGGGCCGGGCACGGCGGUCGUGCUCGUUGCCGCAGUGUACAUUCGCAGGAUUCUCGGUCUCUCAUACACCCGCAUCAUCUACGUCGAGUCGUUUGCCCGCGUCAAGUCGCUGUCGCUGUCGGGAAAACUCCUCAAGCCCUUUGUCGACACGUUUGUCGUCCAGUGGCCCGACCUCGCGGGCGAAAACGUGCCCAGCGCAGACAUCAAGGUGAAAAAGGUCAACAAGGGCGAGCAGUUUGAGGGCUCGUUCAUCCCCGGCACGACGUAUCGCGGCUGGCUGGUGUAA